GGCCGCGCUCGCCAGUUUCCACUGUAACCAGCGCCGCCGGCUCGGUUUCGGCAGCCUCUCUUCGGCCCCGGUCCGUCCAGCUCCUCCGGAGCAACUUUGCGGGGAGCCCCGAGGCCCAAGGGCGUCGCGGCGCCGCGUGCGGCCCACUCGCGGGUCGGAUGGCCUCCCCGGCCCCUCCACCCAGCCCCUCGGGCCUUCAGCCUCCACCUCCAGCCCCGCCCCAGGCCCGCUCGCGGCUCAACGCCACCGCCUCGGUGGAGCAGGAGAAGAGCGAGGCGCCGCGGGCUGCCGGAUCCCAAGCUGGACCUGGACCUGGACCGGAUGUGAGGGAUGCUGCUGCCCCAGAUGCGCCCCGGGCCUCACGUGCCAGGAGCCAAGAAAGAGUGGACAGGACAGGGCCUGUGCGGGCAGAUGUGGGAAUCCCUUUUGAGGAGGUCCUGGAGAAGGCCAAGGCCGGGGACCCCAAGGCACAGACGGAGGUGGGGAAGCACUACCUGCAGCUUGCCGGCGACGGGGACGAGGAGGUCAACAACUGCACUGCCGUGGACUGGCUGACCCUCGCCGCCAAGCAGGGCCGGCGCGAGGCCGUCAAGCUUCUGCGCCGGUGCCUGGCAGACCGAAAAGGCAUCACCUCCGAGAACGAGCAGGAGGUGAAGCAGCUGUCCUCCGAGACCGACCUGGAGCGGGCCGUGCGCAAGGCGGCCCUCGUCAUGUACUGGAAGCUCAACCCCAAGAAGAAGAAGCAGGUGGCCGUGUCGGAGCUGCUGGAGAACGUCGGGCAGGUCAACGAGAACGAUGGAGGGGUGCAGCCUGGCCCCGUCCCCAGGUCCCUGCAGAAGCAGAGGCGGGUACUGGAGCGCUUGGUCAGCAGCGAGUCCAAGAGCCACAUCGCCCUGGAUGACUUCGUGGAGGUCACCAAGAAGUACGCCAAGGGCAUCAUCCCCACCGACCUGUUCCUGCAGGACGAUGACGACGACGAGCUGGCCGGCAAGAGCCCCGAGGACCUGCCCCUGCGCCUGAAGGUGGUCAAGUACCCCUUGCACGUGAUCAUAGAGCUGAAGGAGUACCUGAUCGACGUGGCGUCCCGGGCGGGCCUGCACUGGCUGUCCACCCUGGUGCCCACCCACCACGUCAACGCCCUGGUCGUCUUCUUCAUCAUCAGCAACCUCACCGUCGACUUCUUCGCCUCCGUCGUGCCCCUGGUGGUCUUCUACCUGGCCUUCGUCUCCAUGGUGAUCUGCACCCUCAAGGUCUUCCAGGACAGCAAGGCCUGGGACAGCUUCCGCGCGCUCACCAGCCUGCUCCUGCGCUUCGAGCCCAACCUGGACGUGGAGCAGGCCGAGGGCAACUUCAGCUGGAACCACCUGGAGCCCUACGUCCACUUCCUGCUGUCCGUCGUCUUCCUCAUCUUCUCCUUCCCCGUCGCCAGCAAGGACUGCAUCCCCUGCUCGGAGCUGGCCGUGGUGUCCGUCUUCUUCACGGUCACCAGCUACGUGAGCCUCAGCGCCUCGGCCGAGCCCUACACCCGGAGGGCCCUGGUGACCGAGGUGGCGGCCGGCCUGCUCUCCCUCCUGCCCACGCUGCCCGUGGACUGGCCCCUCCUGAAGCUCCUGGGCCAGACCUUCCUGGCGGUGCCCCUCGGCCCCCUCGUCGUCCUCAACGUCAGCCUCCCCUGCCUGCUCUACGUCCACCUGCUCUACGUCUUCUUCCGCCUGGCCCGGCUGCGGGACUUCAAGGGCACCUACUGCUACCUGGUCCCUUACCUGGUCUGCUUCAUGUGGUGCGAGCUCUCCGUGGUGCUCCUGCUCGAGUCCAGCGGCCUGGGGCUGGUGCGCGCGUCCGUCGGCUACGUGCUCUUCCUCUUCGCCCUGCCCGUGCUGGCGGCCGGCCUGGCGCUGAUGGGCGCGGUGCGGUUCGCCCGCUGGUUCGUGUCGCUGGAGCUCACCAAGAUCGCGGUCACCACCGCCAUCUGCAGCAUCCCGCUGCUGCUGCGCUGGGGGACCCGGGCCCGCUUCUCCGUGCUGGGCACGGUCCGCUCGCUGACGCGCAGCUCCGUGGUCAAGCUCAUCCUGGUGUGGCUCUCGGCCAUCGUGCUCUUCUGCUGGUUCUACGUGUACCGCUCGGAGGGCAUGAAGGUGUACAACUCCACGCUGACCUGGCCGCAGUACGGCUUCCUGUGCGGCCCGCGGGCCUGGAAGGCCACCAACAUGGCCCGCACCCAGAUCCUGUGCAGCCACCUGGAGGGCCACAGGGUCACGUGGACCGGCCGCUUCAAGUACGUCCGCGUGACCGAGAUUGACAACAGCGCCGAGGCGGCCAUCAACAUGCUCCCGUUCUUCGUCGGCGACUGGAUGCGCUGCCUCUACGGCGAGCCCUACCCGUCCUGCAGCCCCGGCAACGCGUCCACGGCCGAGGAGGAGCUCUGCCGCCUCAAGCUCCUGGCCAAGCACCCCUGCCACAUCAAGAAGUUCGACCGGUACAAGUUCGAGAUCACCGUGGGCAUGCCCUACAGCGGCGCCAACGGCUCCCGCAGCCCCGAGGAGGACGACGUCACCAAGGACAUCGUGCUGCGGGCCAGCAGCGAGUUCAAGGACGUGCUGCUGCACCUGCGCCAGGGCAGCGUCAUCGAGUUCAGCACCAUCCUCGAGGGCCGCCUGGGCAGCAAGUGGCCCGUCUUCGAGCUCAAGGCCAUCAGCUGCCUCAACUGCAUGGCGCAGCUCUCGCCGGCCCGGCGGCACGUCAAGCUGGAGCGGGACUGGCGCAGCACCGCGCACGCCGCCGUCAAGUUCGCCUUCGACUUCUUCUUCUUCCCCUUCCUGUCGGCGGCCUGAGGACGCCUCCCGCCGCCGCCGCCAGUGCACGUGGCUGCCAGGACGUCCCCCAUGUGGCCCCAGCCAGGCGAUGCAACACUAACCCCUGUGCGUGUGUGUGUGUGUGUGCCUGCACAUGUGUGCAAACGCAGGGCUUCGGAGACCCUUCGUCACCCGAGUCUGCGCACACCUCCGUGGAGGGCUGGCUGCUUUAGCUCUGUCCUCCCUGAAUGCCUAGUGAGGUUAGAAAUUGCAUGCGCAGCCUCCACCCGCAGUCCCACCUCUCCACAUGCAGCUGGAGCGCCAGGCCAGAGGGUUCCUGUGCCCAAAAAGCACUUUACUGAAGCUGUCCUCCCUCCCCCACUGCCUCCACGCACCCCCCGGCCCCUUAUUUACUUCUUUUGGGUUUGUUUUUUUCAAGAACUAGUAGUGCUGCUAUGUAAACUCAACCAUAGCAUUUCUUAUUUAUUUGGUUGCUGCUAAGCCUUGACAGCUGUUUGCUGAUCCUGGGGGCCUGCAGAGUGGCUCUGUCCCGUGACCCCCCCCCCCAAUUCUAAGAUUGAAGGCCAUGCCCGCAGAAGCCCUGAACCCUGUGUCCCACAGCCUGCCCACCUCAAGGCUCUCCCACCUGGUGGGUGGUGUGACUUUGUGAGGGUCUCACCUGAAUCCACUGGGAUUAGGAAUUAGCAGGAACCUGGGCAUCCCUGCCCAGUGCUCAGAAAAGUUUGGCCACGUUCAAUGCCAGAAAGCAGAAAGUCAAGGACCUGAAGCAGCUGAAAUAAAAACCUUUGAAGUCCA